GCUUGUAGAUCUCUUCUUUUUUAUUAAUGGGAUACGCCCGUCUCUGAAAAGUUCAUCCUAUAAAUAAAGCUAAAUGCCAGCUGAAAGUCGCUGAAGAAAGUCUGGUGAGGGGACCUGCAGAUAUGGAACUAAGCAAGAUAGGCUUGAGCCUGGGUUUCCUAUGCUUCUUCUUUUUGCAUGGAGUUCUGGCCUGCAGUACUCGCAAAGUCCACCACUACAGCUUUAUUGUGAGCGAGACGAAUUUUACAAGGCUAUGUAUCACAAAGAGCAUGUUGACUGUAAAUGGCCAAUGGCCUGGCCCAACAAUCCAAGUUCGCAAAGGAGAUACUGCAUUUGUCCAAGUUCACAAUCACGGCAAAUAUGGUAUCACUAUUCACUGGCACGGAGUGAAGCAGCCAAGAAAUCCAUGGUCGGAUGGUCCUGAGAACGUCACACAGUGCCCUAUUCAACCAGGAAAAAGCUUCAUUUAUGAGGUUACAUUUUCAGACGAAGUAGGAACAGUUUGGUGGCAUGCCCACAGUGACUGGUCCCGGGCAACAGUCCACGGUGCCAUUGUCAUCUUACCUGCAAGGGGAACCACUUACCCUUUUCGCAAACCCGAUGCUGAAAAAGUGCUUGUACUCGGGGAAUGGUACAAUGGAGAUCUCAAGGAAAUAAUUGAUAAGGCAACAGAAUCCGGUGCUCCUCCAGAAGAAUCCACUGCCUACACCAUCAAUGGCCAACCAGGAUUCCCAAAUAAUUGCUCCAAGGAAACAACAUAUCGUCUACAAGUUCAAUACGGCAAGACAUAUCUUCUCCGUCUGGUAAAUGCCGUGAUGAAUGAAGAAAUGUUCUUUGGAAUCGCAAACCACAAGCUCACAGUUGUGGCCCAAGAUGGUGCAUACAUAAAACCCAUAACCACAGAUUACAUCAUGACAAGUCCCGGACAAACAAUGGACAUCCUGCUCAUUGCAAACCAGCCGCCAAGUCAUUAUUACAUUGCUGGGAGUCCUUUCUUCGACGCCGGUUUUAUUGCUACAUACGACAGUUCAAACACUUCUGCGAUUCUCGAGUAUACCGGCAAUUUUGCUCCUCCAGCCUCUCCACCAUAUCCUUCCCUUCCAAAUAUACGGAACAGGGCUGCUGCAGACAACUUCACAAAACGUAUAAGGGCAUUGGCGAGUCGUGCACACCCUGUUAAUGUCCCCAAAAAAAUUGACACAAAAAUAUUCAUGACCGUUGGUCUAAACGAGUUGCUUUGCCCUGAUGCAACAUGUGGGGGUCCAAAUGGUAAUAAGCUGUCAUCAAGCUUAAACAACAUCAGUUUCGUGACCUCAACCAUUGAUAUACUUCAAGCGUAUUACAGGGACUUGCCGGGUGUGUUCAAGAAAGAUUUCCCGGAUAAGCCAUUAUAUGUUUUUAACUACACGGGAGAAGUAGCUGAUAACACAUUAUAUCCGCUCCAAGGGACAAAUGUAACGAUGAUAGAUUACGGGGCAUCAGUGGAAAUAGUCCUCCAAGGGACUAGUGUACAGUUCGGAGAGUUUCAUCCAAUGCAUCUUCAUGGUUAUAGCUUCUAUUGGGUUGGGACAGGUUAUGGCAAUUACGAUGAGACCACUUCGCCAAAAACAUACAAUUUGAAGGAUCCGCCGGAAGUUAACACCGUUGGUCUUCCUAGGAAUGGAUGGGUUGCGAUUCGAUUCGUAGCCAAUAAUCCAGGAGUUUGGUUUUUGCAUUGUCAUUUGGAACGGCAUGCUUCUUGGGGUAUGAGCACGGUUAUCAUUGUGAAGAAUGGACCGACCAAGGAAACAAGUAUUCGACCACCCCCACCAAAUUUGCCUAGUUGUUCUUAGGCUUUUUAAAUUCAAUAUCUCAAUGGGAUCAAUGCAUAUAUAGAACGUGAUAUAAUUUUAUAUUUGAAUAAGAUCUGGAUGAAGGAAAAUCCCGGUCGUUUCGACCAUUAAUAAUAAUAUUUUUAAGAUAAUGGUCCAAGCAUUAGCUAGUCGGUCAUGAUUCUCUCGGUUGUAUGAAUAAUAUAAACAAUGUGAGCAUUUUUUUUUUCCUCCCUGUACAAAUAAUAUCUUCAUCCAUCCAGACUAGCUGGUUAGAACCACUUGAUCAUUUUAAUGCCGGUUUACUGA